ACACAAACAAGCGGAUCAUACUUACUUCAACACCAUGCAGUGUCUUUCAUUUAUACUUCAUCGUUCAUGUUAUGAGGUCUUCUUGUAUACCAGUGGCACUCUUCUUACUCUUCUGCCAGAGUACAGCGAAGGAGUCAAUCAAUCCUCAAUGUAGUCCAGUUUCUGGUACUAACGCAGAAAACGCCGUAGACUAUGUGUUCCUUCUCGAUCACUCCCUCAGCGAAGAUAAGAUUUCGCGCAUACAAUACCUCUACAAGGCCAUAUCCUGUGAAAUACCGAUCUCAAAACAGUACCGUCUGGCGACAGUUCAUGUUCCUGGAAAGUCUUCUAAGGUGGAAUUGGCAGGAUGGAAAACAAGUGCAUCUUUCCCUGACACGCUCCUCAGGAACUCAGUCAAAGAUGUGAAAGGAGAUCCGUGCACGGUGUUGCGUGAAGCCUUGAAUGCUGUCAAAUCUCACUUUGCGGGCACGAAGUCAAUUCUAGGGGAGAUUCCUAUCCAUUUUGUGGUUCCAGUAGGCGAAGAACAUAAAGAAGGAUGUUCCGUUCGCUCUGAGUUCCGGAAGCACUUUGGUGGAUGGGCCAACCGUUUCAACAUCUUCUUGGACAUUAUUGCCAUUGAGAAUUCGAUGGAAAUUGGCGACAUAGGCGUGCGAGUGAAGGUUCCUGCUUGGACAAACAUCGAAACGAAUGUGAUUUCACUGACCACUCAUAUAGACUUCAAAAAUAUGUACAAGAUGGACUCAGUUCUCCAAGAAUAUUCAGGAUGGAUUAGAACGACUAUACAAGGAUUACAAAUCAAUGACCUUUUCCUGCUAGAUGACACAACUGUGCAUAGUCUGCAUACGGAAGCUGAGACGGUGAAGACCGAAGUGAAAGACCACAAGACUGAUGCUGCAAAGAAAACCGAGUCGCCGACGCCUGUGCCUACAAAAGCAUUCGUAAGACGAACGUCUGUUCACAAAACGUCCAGAGUGAGAACAGCAAGACGAGCGGCCGCUAUUGAAGAACUUUCGCCACUGGAGUCAGCGAAGACUGACGUCAAGCCGCAGAAAAAAGAAAAACCACUUGCUAAUGUAAAACCGAAGGAAAAGUUGACGGACAAACCAAAAGAGAAACCGAAAGAGAGACCGAAGGAAACGCCGAAGGAAAAGCCAAUGGAGAAGACGAAGGAGAAGCCGAAAGAGAAACCGUCAAAGAAUGCCAAACCAAAUCCCAGGAAAAUCGCCUUACCACCUCCCAAAAAAAUGAUAAAGAAAGCGCUGAGUAAAACCACCGCACGAAAAUCAAACUUGUCUAAUUUUGUGAACAAUGGAGAGGUUGCGCCAUGGUUUCAUUCAGAAAACGAUCACGCAAUGGGAAUGAAUCGUAGAAAUUGGAAGAUACUCACAGUUGCACCGCUUGUACCAGUUAGUAAUCAUGAGGGAGAUGUUGCAAUGCAAGAAUCAGGAGCUGCGGGCGCAGCACCAUCCACAUCCGGGAAAAGUGAGAAACGCAGCUCGAUAAGAUGGAAUCAAACUUUUAUCCCACUAUUAAUUCUCAUCAUUAUACUAGCGGUGAUCCUCAUAUUUAUAUUGAUUUGCUGCUUCUAUUUGAUUGAAGCUAGCAAGACUCGACAGCCAAGCAGCCGUAGCCGUAGCCGAAGCUCGAAGAAGUCAGAAAAGAGCCCGUUACUGCCAAGACAGGCAUCUGGCAAAAAGAGCGCUAAAGAUGUGCCACCUCCACCGCCUGCAAAAGUGGAACCUAGACCAGAAGCAGAAUCGACUGCUAAAUUACCCGAAGGAGUUGACUACACUCCAAUCCACGUUUCUGGAAGAACAGGAAGAGAAGGUGGUGGCGCUGGUGGCGACUUGCCGAAUCUUGAGGAUAUCAAGAUUUCCAAAGAGGCUACAAAGUCUCCAGCUGACGAAAAGCCUGACGUGGAAUCUCCACCAAAGGAUAACAUGCCAAGGAUCUCAACUGACCACAUGUUUUGAGUGUCACGAAAGUAAAGAUGUAUUGAUGAC